AUGUGGAUAUUUCCUUCAGCGAAAACAUUUUUCUUUAAACUGCACACUUCUAUGCUGCCAGUGAAAACGUGGCUGAAUGAAAAAUCAAUAUACGUACCCUGGACAGUGAAUUGUAGACUCUGUAACCAAUCUGAGACUAUAGAGCUUUGUUUUAUUUAUUGUCCUGAUGCUUUUUAUUUUUGGGACAUUCAAAAAAGAACAUUAGGAAAAGAACUUCAUAUCACAGUUGACGGUAUUAGGUUCCUCCCUACCCAGAUGACUGAUAAUACUCCUUGUGACCUGUUCAUGUUGUUGGCACUUUAUUCACUAUGGAAAAGUUGCAUGAUUGAUAGACACGCCGAGCCACCAUGGUCGACGAGAUCUGUCUUCCGAGAAGCAGCUGCUCAAGUGCGCAGUGUUGUUGAGACUUUUGACCCCGUUCCGGAGUGGCUUCCCGUUUUUGACGCUUGUGUGUGUUUGCCUGACUUCUGA